AUCUGUAUUAAUUGGUAGAAUUACCGACAAUAUGUUAGAGCUGCCCAGAUACAACAGUUUAGAAGUACAGUGGACCCCCGCAUAACGAUCACCUCCGAAUGCGACCAAUUAUAAGGUGAAGGUGUGAAGAGAAAAUAAGGGAGACCUCAAUAAGCCAUCAUGAAGACCAACGCAGCAGAGUACUUCAAUAGCCUCUCGCCGCUUAAGACGGGAGGACAGUCAGCUGGGAGCAGUCUGUAUGAGGCCCAUGUGCAAAAUGGCAGGUCUGGCAGGUGUCACUGCUGUCCCUAUGGUUACCACAUAGACCUAGACUUCGUACGUUACUGUGAAAUGCUCACACAGGGUUCCAAGAAUGACAAUCCCACUCUUCGGCAGCUGAAGAAAUUGAAACGGGCUCGUCGCAGACAGACCAAGUCAAUGGAAGUACUUCUUGGUUUGACCCCUGGAAAAGACAAUGAGGCACAUGAGCUGCAGCAGCUUCAAACAAAACUUGAAAUUAUUGAGGAACCAGUAAAAGUUGACUCUCAGAGUCGAGAUGUGUUGUCUAUAGUAAGACGAACUCAAUCUCUGCGAGAGCGAACACCACCUCCACCUCCUCCCAGGCGGUGCAGGACUCCAGUAAUGUCUGGCCCACCUCCGGAUGUUAUUAACACCACAAACUCUAGUCCUGGGUUAAAUGCUAGCUCUACUGUGGAUGCUAGUGAAGCACUGCAGGAGGCAGUAAUGGAUUUUGAAGAAAUGCUUGAAAAUUCUCGCGAGAAGUGCCAUGUCAAGGAGAGAUCUGAGACCCUGCCACCCAACAUUCCUUCUCUGGAUUUGUUGCACCACACUCCUCCAUCCAAGACUCACCUUACCAGCCCAAAAUUAGGGGUGGGAGUAGUACGAUCUCACUCACUCCCAAGGCAGUGGUUUAACAGAUCUCUUUCAUCUCUAUCCCCUCCUAUACCCUCCUUACCCUCAUCCAUGCACCUUUCCCAUGGAAACCUUGGGUCAGGUGAGGGCGGAACACAGAUGGCAGUGCUUAGAGUGUUACAGCGCAACUGGUCAAGAGGUGUUCCUGGAGGCCAGAUGCCUCGCCGUUCUUCAGAAGGUUCAUUAUUAGAUGACUCUCCGUUAUUGGGCCGCCAGCGCACCAAUUCCACUUCCUCCCUCUCAUCUGUCUCCUCUGCAUCUGGGUAUCCAGGUGUCACUUCAUCAGUGGGUCCCACAACUACUAGUUCUGUAGCUGCUGGGAACAUCAUUACCAACAAUGGACAUGGCCCUCCUGUUGGUGUGGGACUAAUACAGCAACACAUGGCGCCCCGCCUCUCAGAGACUCUGGCUGCUCUCAACGCUGCCCGAGGCUGCUCUGCCACUCACCAAGACUUUGACACUAUGAGUGUCACGUCUGCCAUGUCUGGAGUCAGCACCACCACACUCCAGUCCAUCCGUGACCAAAUGGCUACAAGUCUGGCUCGACUGAAGGAAUUAGAGGAGGAGGUGAAGACCAUCCCAAUGCUUCAGAUAAAACUCAAUGUACUGAAGGAAGAAAAGCGACUGCUGCUACAGCAGCUUAAGUCAGUGUGUAAAGGUAAUGAAACACACUUUUUGCUGCCACCCAGUUUAGAUGGUGACCUUACAGACCUGUCUGAGGACGAAUUAGAAGGCAGACUUAGUAACUUGAGAAGUAAUUGUGUAUCAACUCCUCGGCCACCUCGACGACGCAGUGAAUCUCCAAUGAGAGUCAACUUGGAGGAAUUUCGUUCAUAUCGUCGUGCUCGAAAGGGAUCAGUGUCUGAGGGGUCAGAAGCUGAAUCAGUUCGCUCAGUUGCUGAAGACACUCCACUUUUUAUUAAGGAAGCUAAUGAUCACAUCAUAGGGAGACGGCUAAGCCAGGAGACCUCAAAAGAAACACAAACAUAUCGCGGUCAAGGUUCAUCAGUGGAAACAAGAUUAAUUCACAGCUUACCAAGUACUCCUACGGUUGUGCGAAAAAUUACAAGAGACACGUCAACAAGCUGUCGAGUUUUAACCAGAGAUAUUGGAGUGUCUCAUGUGGGAAUUCGAACACGAUCAGUAGGAUUAACAACUGAUAGAGUAGACAUUGAUAAAAAAAAAGAGAUAAAACCCAAACCAUGUAUGCAGUGCUAUGAGAGAAAUCGCAAAACAUAUGAAAGCAAAGGUACUGGAACUUUGUCAGCAUCACAUAAAGAAAAAUUGAGGAAGUUAAGUAUUAACAGUGUGUCAGUGGAGAGUGUAGAACCAGAUGACAUAGAUAAUGAAAAUAAGGAUCCACUAGACAAGGAAGGAACCCCUAAAAGUACAUUCUUGCAAAAACUUGGCAGGAAAUCAGCAAUCAUAAGUCGUCUAUCUGAGCCACAACUAGCCCCUCCAGUUUUAACAUUUGAUAAUUCAAGCAACACUGAGGUAGUGUACAGAAGAGAACAGCUGGUGAAUACAAGUUUAAGUAUGACUGAUUUUUGUACAAAAACUGAAUUAAAUGAACACUUAGCUAAAGCCAAGAAGAGUUGGGAGGAUGCAAGAGAAAUGCAAGAUAGAGUUCGAAAUAUAGCACAGUCAUGCAAACCCCUUACUGUGGACAAUGGUACCCAGGUCAUGAUUAAUGAUCCCAACCUAACCAAAACAAGAUUUCAGCCUCUCUUACAAAGCAUUGGUGUUUUAGUUAAACCUCAUUCUGUGGAUGUUGGUGUUGGGGCAUCAAAGAUUACAGACAAUUUGUGUGACAGAUGCAUGAAUGUGAAAACAAGAUCUGUUGGUUCAGGAGAGGGGCUCACAACUGAUCUGCUGUGUGAUAAAUGCAUGUAUACUAUGACUAGGUCUGUUGCAGUAGGUGAUUAUAAAUUAACUGAUAUAUGGUGUGAAAAAUGCUCAGCAGUUCAAACUAGGUCUGUAGGCUCCAGCAAUGACAAAAUUUGUGAUAGAAUCUGUGAUCGCUGUGACAGUCUAAUUACUCGCUCAGUUGCUGUAGGCACCAUCUCUGUUGGUGAUAAACUGACAGGGAAAAUGAAACAGAAGUUAAAUAUGACAUCAUCUGUCUAUGUUCAAACUAAGGGACCUGAAACUCAUUCCACUGGAGUAAAUACUACUCCCUUGAACUUUAAAAAAGAACUUAAUUCUGAAACGAGUUCAAAUCCCCCAAGCCCAGCACUUACCCCAGAAGUAGAGCGGCGGUCAUAUGGUAGCUCUGGGGUGAGAAUAUGUGACAAGUGCCAUGAAACCAUUCAUUCAGUUGCUAAAGACAUUGUCAGCACAAGUGGCAAUGUAUCUGCCACUAACCUUCCACCAUUGCCACCACAUACCUCCAAAAUUCCACGCCUAGUUGAUCUCACCAAAGUGGAACCUAGAUUAGAUUUAAUGAAACAAGAAUUUAAGACAGGUGCCAAUUUUUCCACUAGUGUAGGAUCAAGUCUGUCAGAAUCACAAAUAGCCAGUCUUAACAACAGUUUCAUAGAGACAAAACCUUCGUUACAUGUGACUCAUACUUCAACAAGCACAUUAACUGUACCCAUAAAGCCAACAAAAUUUGAGCAGUCAUUAAGUGCACCUUGUGAAACUUCACCAGUAAAGUUUAAUCCAUCCUUGUCUCAAAGCACUACAAAUGAACCUUCAAAAUCAACUUCAGAAGCAGCUGUAAGCCAAGAAGCAAAAUCUGUCGUGUCAGUACAAACGGUUCUGACUAAUGUCAGUCAGAGUGUAAAGCAAGAGCAAACCCCUAUCCUGACUACUACAUCAGUUGGCUCAUCCAAGCCUUCAUCAGAAAUUUCCUCUGCAGGUACUUCUCCUCAGACCAAACGUGCACCAUAUACCCGACAGCAGACAUACACUAAGUACUCCGAGGGGUUAAUUAACCUUGGGUUUGACGAGAAUGCUGAUACCGAGGAAGCUAAGGCUCAGAGGAAUGCAAAAAAGGCAGAAUCUACAAAACCUCUCACAAGUGCCACAGAACACAAAAAUGCUGUAACAAAGAAAAUUGAGAAAGUAGAAACACCAAAGAAGGAAAUAUAUUCAAAAAAAGAAGAAAGAAAAAUCUUGGUCACAGACCCUGAGCCAGUCAUCCAAGGAAAGAAAGAGAGCCAUACUCACUCCCAGUCAUCCAGUGAGUCUGAAAAUGAAAUCUGUGACGAGGAGUCACUGAUGGGGGCAUCGGUCAGCUCACAUCCUGACGAUCAUGCAGUAUCGUCAUCUUUCCAGAGUACAUCAUCGUUGUUCACAGCUACCAGUGAGAAGAGCAGGAAGAAGGCUGUACCAUCAAGGGAGAUGAAAGCAGCACUAAAGGUUGUGAAUGAUUCCAUUGGCAAACCUGUUCGCUCUGGUCAGCAACUUACCAAUGCCCUUAAUAUCAUCCAAAGAGAAUGGUUCAAGGUUUCAAGUCAGAAGGAUGCAGAUCCCCAUGCUGUGGAAGAUUAUAUGGAUGUCUUUGAGGAAUACUCCAAGGGUCUUCUGCAGCGAGUGGUCAACCUCAGUGAUGUUAAUGGAAACACUGCAAUGCACUAUGCAGUUUCACAUGGAAACUUUGAUGUUGUCUCUGUACUAUUGGACUCUAAAGUUUGCAACAUUAACCAUCAAAACAAAGCAGGCUAUACAGCCACUAUGCUGGUAUCUCUAGCACAGAUUCGCUCUGAGGCUCAUGCUAGUGUUGUUCAAAGAUUGUUCCAGCUUGGUGAUGUCAACAUUAAAGCCAGCCAGCAUGGCCAGACUGCCCUUAUGUUAGCAGUGUCCCACGGUCGACUAGACAUGGUUCGGAUGUUAGUUGGUGCUGGAGCAGAGAUUAACAUCCAGGACGAGGAUGGCUCAACAGCGCUUAUGUGUGCAGCAGAACAUGGCCACCUAGCCAUUGUUAAGUUCCUCCUUGCCCAACCUGACACUGAUCCCACACUCAUGGACAAUGAUGGCAGUACUGCUCUAACUAUUGCUGUAGAAGCUGGCAACAAGGAUGUAGGUGUAUUACUGUAUAAACAUAUGAACCUUUCCCGUGGAGCUUCACCUUAUUCUUCUAUUAGGGUUAAAAGAUCUCACACACCUACUACAAGUAGACCGUCAGUGACUCCUCCUCCUCGCUCUUCCGCACCGUCCUCACCUGGACGCUCAAGAAAAUCAUCUGCUCCUCCAUCUCCAGGAAGGUCCAGACAGAGCUCAGCCUCACUCUCUAAUCUCAUGAUUUAAGUGGAAUAUCAACACACCCAGAUUGCUAACUAAUGGGGUGCUUCAAGAUUAGUGUCUGCCUUAUGUAUUUGAAAUUUUUUACUACAUAAAUUUCAAAAUUCAUUCUGAUUUAAGCUGUUAGUACAGUAUUUGAAAAAUUAUGCAAAAUGCCAUUUCCUCAAAGUGAUGAGUGCCAGCAUAAACUAGAAGAUAUGGAAAGGAAACAAAAUGCAUUGCAUCUCCCUUUUAUUUGAUAUUGAUGUACCUUAUCUAAAUAUUUAUUUUUAGACAUAUUGUUUGUUCAGUCAAUGUUUAGGUUAAUUCAUGCAGCUACUAAGCUGCUGUAUCCUGGUAUAAGCAGCAAUCUUGAAAAGGUACAUUGCUUGCAUAAAUGUUACACACAGUAGAGUAUUCACUAUUGUUCCUUAUCAUGUCUCCAAACACUUUAUUUUCAGUUUUUUAGAUAACUGAUUAUAUUUAGUAAUAAUAUUUUUCAAUUAUAAAAUUAUAGAGACUUUCUUUGCCUUACUCAUUCAAUGCAUAACUCUCUUCCUUGUAAAUAAUAUACCAUGUAUUGUAUAUAGAAGAUUGUAGAUUAUCUAGUGACUGGUUAUUUGGAUUCAAAUGUUCAUUGGCUCCCACCAUUAUCCUACUGUCUUGCUCUGUUCGGCACCUAAACGGAUAAUGCGAUAAGGAAAUGUACAAAUAGAGAGCAUGAAAAGCUGAUGUGAUCAUCUAGUGUUGUUGAAAAUCCAGUGUACUGUUUAUCCCUAAGAGGCUGGCUAAUCUGUAUUAUCUGAAGGAGCUGGUUUAUCUCUCCAAAAAAAGGCUGGAUAAUCUCCCUCUCUCCUAAAGGGGCUGGAUAAUCUCCUUCUCUCUUGAAGGGACUGGUUAAUCUAUCUGUAUCUGUAUCUAUGCAUCUAUCUUUAUAUCUCUCACUCUCUAUAUCUCUCUAGUAGCUAAAAAUGAUAUUCCAGUGGUGUGGCUCACACAUUUUUGAGCUGAGAGAAGUGUAGUUGUCAAUGUUUAUAAGUCUAGAGUAUCAGGACCCCAGAAUAUGGAAUAAUUUUAGCUUAAAUUUAAUAAUUUUCCUCUGAUAAUUUGUGGCAAAGAAAGUCAACAUGGCUUUAAUUAAUAUAUAUUUUGGAACAUUUAGUGAACAAGAUAGAAACAGGAAAAGUGAACACUUUACUGUAACUGGUCAUGUGGGAGUUUUAUAUUAAUAGAUCAUCUGAUAUUUAUUAACAGUGUAAUGUGAGGGAUCUGUGGAAGGUUACAUGAGCUUUAUUUAUAUGCAAAAUUAACUCAAAAUGUAGUUAAGUGGAAUUGCUUAAAAUUCUAACUUCUGUGAUGCUGUGCCUGCAACUACACAACUUGAAUGUGCUUGUAUAGAUAAGCUUGUUUAGCACCUUUUUUUUUUUUUUUUUUUUUUUUUUUUUAGAUUUUAAAUAUCAGAAAUUUAUAAUAAAUUUUAAAACAAGGCCUUAGCAUAUUUUUGCCAAAGAAAUGCAAUUAUAGGUUAAGUAGCAACAGGAAAGGGCUUAUGUCAUGGGAAUUCUGUCAUUUGUUGCUUGUUAUAUAUGUUACAGAGAUUAUAUUGUUAAAGUAAUUUGUAAACAAGAGAGAUUCUCAGAAAGAUUUUUUAUAAUUUGGAUAAAAGUAUAUAUUCAAUAAGGAGCCUAUCAGUAAUAAAGUUUAACUACCAUAAAUUUUUAAUUAAAUUGAUGCAUGGUAGUUUAUAUUUUUAUACAUAUUACAGCACAUUACUAUACACUAUUGUUCUCAGAUUUUAUAUUGUAGAAAGUGAGUGUGAUUUGAGUCUGCAGUGAGUGAAUUUGUGUAUGCUGCUGAUAUUGACCAAUCUGUUGUCCAUUAUUCUAAGAAUUGAUGGUCACAAACUCUGCUGGAAGACACCAUUAUAUCAUAAGGAUAUUUGGAUAACCUUUUGGGGAUAAUAAACCUGUGGAUUUUUGAGGUAUCCAAAAUGAAAGGAGAGGCUGUAUCCAUAUGGCUAACCAUCAAGUUACUGGCUAGAGCCAAUGCUGCUUAACCUUAUUAACUGAGAAAUUUACACAUAAUUCAAAGUGCUGCACCAGUAGGAUCAGAGUUCACCUUAAAGACAGUUGUAUGAAGCAGAUUAAAAAAAAGGUAAAUUUAGUAAUAAAAUAUAAUUUAAAUAUCAACA